CCAAUGCUGAUAAGAAAACCUAGGCAUGAACUUGAGAGCCCCCACGGAUGAUAUAAAUACAUUUGAUUCACAGAUAACAUAGCCGUUCGAGAGGAUUAUAUCGAGUGUUCUCUUCACCCCACGUCUCUGCAACAGGCCGAAGAGGUACAUACAUAGAAGAUCGGACCAGUUCUAUUGAGGAGGGAUAAGGAAUCAUCCAUCAUUUCAAUUCUCUCCUUAAUAGCAAUGGUGCCAAUUUUUCUAGUAUUCUUCUUCUGCUUUCCCUUUAAUGCUGGAGCCCGUUGCUUUCGUUCCUUCAAGACGCUUCAGCUUCCAGCAGUUGGUUCUGAAUCCUAUGCCUUUGAUUCACACAACGUUGGACCUUACACUGGUCUGAAUGAUGGAAGAAUUGUCAAAUAUCAGGGCCCCGAAACUGGUUUUGUAGAGUUUGCUACCACUUCUGCUAACAGGUCGAAGGAGUUUUGUGAUGGAACAGAUGGAACCGACCCGAUAGUGACGCUGAUUUGUGGGAGGGCGAUAGGCAUGGAAUUCAACCACAAAACUGGAGAGCUCUACCUUGUUGACGCCAAUUACGGCCUGAUGGUGGUGGGAAGUCGUGGCGGCCUUGCAACUCAGCUCGCUGGUGGAGGAGAUGCAGAGCGGUUUGAUCAAGUUGAUUCCUUAGCUAUUGAUCCAACUACUGGAGCUGUUUACAUUGGAGAUAUUGGCACCAUCUUCCAAAAGACCAAGAACAUGACAGAAAUACUCCUCAGUGGAGACACAAGUGGACGACUGCUGAAAUAUGAUCCGAAGACAAAGGGGCUGACGGUGCUCCUGCGGGGGCUUGCCAUGGCAAAUGGGGUGGCUGUGAGCGAGGAUGGCUCGUUUGUAUUAGUCUCAGAGUACAUAACCUGCAGAAUAACAAGAUAUUGGCUGAAGGGUCCCAAGGCCAAUACUUCAGAGAUUUUCGUGGAACUUCCAGGGAACCCUGACAAUAUCCAGAGAACAGAAUCAGGGGACUUUUGGGUGGUUGUCAACAUACAGAAAUUGUAUCCUAAGCUGACUUGUUUUGCUUUCGGACAAAGGAUUAGUGCCAACGGUCGGAUUCUGGAGACCCUGAAUUUCUUUGCAGAGUAUAAUACAACUUACAUCACUGAAGUCCAUGAGCAUCUUGGCUCAUUAUACCUGGCAUCGGUGGAUACCAAUUUUGUAGGUGUUUACAGGGGCUCACGGUGUUCAGGAAACUUGUUCUAAGUUGAAAAUCAUUUCUUAGUAAAAAUAUUCUCCUUCACCCUUAUAAAA